AUGACCACCUCAUCCGCUGUUGUCGAAGUAAAUACACUCCGUGUCGAUGAACGUACGACAAAUCCUGCAGAUCAUCAGGGUGUUACAUCUGACUAUACGAUUGCUGUUGAUAAUCCAAAUAUUAAAUAUACAAAUGAUUAUAUUGAAACUAAAUAUAUUUAUGAAAUGAAUCAUUGUGAUGUUGAUAAUAUACAAAAAAAAGUAAAUAUAAUACCAAGAAAAUAUGAAUAUCUAUUUCGUACAAAACGUACUGUUCAACGAACUGGUGUCAUGUUGGUUGGAUGGGGUGGUAAUAAUGGGACAACAUUUACCGGCGCACAAAUAGCCAAUCGGGAACAAAUGACAUGGAUGAGAAAAGAAGGUAUUCAAUAUUCAAAUUAUUAUGGUUCAUUAACUCAAUCGACAACAAUUCGAAUUGGAAGUAAUGAUACUGGUAAAGAAGUUCAUAUACCAUUCAAUACAAUCUUACCAAUGCUAACUCCCAACGAAUUGGUUAUUGGUGGUUGGGAUAUUAAUUCAUCAAAUUUAUAUGAAGCAAUGCAACGUGCAUGUGUUUUUGAUUAUGAAUUACAAGAAAAAUUGAAAUCGGCAAUGAUUAAAAUGAAACCAUUACCAUCAAUUUAUUAUCCCGAUUUUAUUGCUGCUAAUCAAGAAGAUCGUGCAAAUAAUUUAAUACCAAUGGGAACAAAACAACAAGAUUUAGAACAUUUGCGAAAUGAUAUUAGAAAAUUUAAACAUGAUAAUAAUUUACAACAGGUUAUAGUAUUAUGGACCGCCAAUACUGAACGUUUUACAGACGUUAAAGAUGGUUUAAAUAUGACAGCUGAUGAUAUAUUAAAAUCAAUUGAGAAUAAUAAUGAAGAAGUAUCACCAUCAAAUUUAUUUGCAUGUGCUGCUAUUUUAGAAGGUUGUUCUUAUAUUAAUGGUAGUCCUCAAAAUACGCUUGUGCCAGGAAUUAUCGAUCUAGCACAAAAAAAUCAGGUAUUUAUUGGUGGCGAUGAUUUUAAGAGUGGUCAAACAAAAAUGAAAUCAGUACUUGUGGAUUUUUUGGUUAGUGCUGGUUUAAAAGUGCAAUCAAUUGUCAGUUAUAAUCAUUUGGGAAAUAAUGAUGGUAAAAAUUUGAGUUCAGCUAAACAAUUUCGUUCAAAAGAGAUAAGUAAAUCCAAUGUUGUCGAUGAUAUGGUUGGCGCUAAUCAUUUACUUUACGAUAAGAAAACAAACGAACAUCCUGAUCAUGUAGUUGUCAUUAAAUAUGUCCCAUUUGUUAAAGAUUCAAAACGUGCUAUGGACGAAUAUAUCUCGACAAUAUUUAUGAAUGGUUUAAAUACAAUAGCAAUUCAUAACACAUGUGAAGAUUCACUGUUAGCUUCACCAUUAAUUGUUGAUUUGGUUAUAUUAACUGAAUUAAUGACACGUAUUACGUAUAAAACAUCGGAUAUGAAUGAUUAUCAACCGUUUGAACCGGUAUUAUCUAUUUUAUCCUAUCUAUUGAAAGCUCCAAUGGUCAUGCCUGGUACACCUGUUAUCAAUGCUUUAUUUAAACAACAUCGUUGUAUAACAAAUAUUCUCUCAGCUUGUGCUGGUAUUUCAAUGGAUACAGAUAUGUUAUUAGAACAUAAAACAAAAUUACCAAAACCAAUGAAUUCAAAAUUAUAA